AUGGCUGACUUCACAUCAAAUUUGCAGAGCUUUGAACCUUCAAUAUCUUUCCUAGAUGCUGAUCCAAGCAUGGGACUUAUCAACCAGUUUCCAGAGCUAAACCAAAUUGUUAUAGAGAGCUCAAACUUAAGUUUCCAGAGCUUCAUGAGUUUUUCCAAUGACAAUCUCUUUACCAAACAAUUAUCCGAUUUCUCAGGAAACUUAGAAGAAAAUUUCCCAUGCAUUUUCCAUCAUGAUGACAAAAAUGACAUACCUGUUUCUGGUCACUUUGUCUCUGGAGGUGAUUUUCAAGAGAGCAAGAAGAGAAAAGCUAUAGAUGCAUCAGAAAGUAGUUCUGGAUACUCUACUCCUCCAGCUUCGGAGAAUGGAAUUACAAGGCAAAAUAGUUCAGGUAGAGGAAAGAAAAUGAAAAGCAAUGAGAAGGAAGAGAACAAACCAAAAGAAGCCGUAUAUGUGAGAGCCAGAAGAGGCCAAGCCACUAAUAGUCACAGUUUAGCUGAAAGGGUUAGAAGGGGAAAAAUUAAUGAGAGACUUAGGUGCUUGAAAGAUAUUGUUCCAGGUUGCUACAAGACUAUGGGCAUGGCAGUAAUGUUGGAUGAGAUUAUUAAUUAUGUCCAUUCCUUGCAAAAUCAAGUUGAGUUUCUUUCUAUGAAACUUACUGCAGCAAGCAAUUUUUAUGGCUUCAAUUCGGAGAGAGAUGCAAUAGAAACAUUGCAGCUGGCAAAGGCAUACGAGGCACAGAAGGUGCAGAGAAUAGUGAGAGGAGGGUAUGAAGGACUUGCUUCCACUCAACUUGGCUUGUUUGACCUCAGUUUUGGCUGCUGUCCCUCGUUGCCACACAACACAUGA